CAGCGUGGAGGAGGAGGAGGAGGAAGCGGUCUGAGAGUCCGCAUCCCCGCACAGGACGGGGACAGAGCCAACGCGAGAGAAGGGAAAACACUUUCAUUUUGACUUCGGGGACUUUCUUUUACAUGGGGACAAGAAAUGACAUCGACGGCGAGCGAAAGGAGGGCGUUUGCUCAUAAAAUCAACCGGACGGUUGCUGCAGAAGUCAGAAAACAAGUGUCCAGGGACUAUGGCUCGCCUCAGCUGUCCAAGAAACGAGGAGGCGCACACCACCCUCUGCCGCUGACGGAGGUGGUCGAGCCGGUGGACUUCGAGGAGUAUGUGAGCAGCCACGCUCCCGGGGUGGAGCCCGGUCCACUCAGGCAGCUGAUGGAGUUCCCCCACGACGACCUGGAGCUCCUCCAUCAGGAUAAAGAGUGCACUACACUGGAGCCGCCGCUCCCUGAGGAGGAGGACUCACUGGAUCCCAGAGUGAGAGAUGCCUUAGCAGUCUACACAGAUAACUGGCUCGUCAUUCAAAGAAAGUAUCAGCGCUACAGCACCACGUACACCCCUCACAACUCUGAGCGGCAGAGGGAGAGGCAGCGAGGGCUGGUCAAACAGACCUUUGAACUGGACGAGGCUGCUGCCGCCGAGCGCCAGGAUGACCAGGAUGACGCAAAGCGGCGGUCGGUCAGCAUUGAUGAAACUCCGCGGGGCAGCUGGGCCUCCAGCAUCUUCGACUUGAAGAACUCCUCCCCGGACGCUCUCCUGCCGUCCGUGCUGGAACGGACAGCUGCAGAGGAUAUGGACCGUCGCAAUACGGAGGCGCGCUCGCAGGGGCGCCACAGUGACCUGCUUGGCCUGUACCCUCCCCCUGAUGAGGAUGAAGCAGUGGAGAGAUGUUCCCUUCCUGAAGUGCCCAAGGAACAUUGUGGCCAGAGGAUCAUGGUCAAGUGUCUGUCUCUCAAGUUUGAAAUAGAAAUUGAGCCAAUAUUUGGAACGCUCGCCCUUUAUGACGUCAAGGAGAAGAAAAAAAUCUCUGAGAAUUUCUACUUUGACUUGAACUCGGAUCAGAUGAAAGGACUGCUUAAGGCCCACACGCCCCACGUAGCCAUAUCCACGUUGGCCCGUUCUGCCAUUUUCUCUAUCACGUACCCUUCUGCUGAUAUCUUCUUGGUCAUUAAGCUCGAAAAAGUCCUCCAGCAAGGAGACAUCGGUGAAUGCUGCGAACCCUACAUGGUCAUGAAAGAAUCGGAUUCCUCCAAGCACAAGGAGAAGCUGGAGAAGCUGCGCCUUCAGGCGGAGCAGUCGUGCAGUCGCCUUGGCCGCUUUCGCAUGCCCUUUGCCUGGACGGCCAUUCACCUCCUCAACAUCGUCAGCAGUGUGGGGGGUCUGGAUCGGUCCGACCCAGACUCUGACUCUGAACGAAAGGGCCACGGGACGUGGAAUGAGAGAAAGAAGAAGGGGAUUGAGCGAAUGAGCGUCGGGGACGACAUGUGUAACUUUGCCACUUUCCGUCCAGCGACGCUCACUGUCACCAACUUCUUCAAACAGGAGGGAGACAGGCUGAGCGACGAGGACCUCUACAAGUACCUUGCAGACAUGCGCAGGCCGUCCUCGGUUCUGCGACGGCUCAGGCCUGUCACAGCCCAGCUGAAGAUUGACAUUUCUCCAGCUCCGGACUCGCCUCAUUAUUGUUUGUCACCAGAGCUGCUUCACGUGAAGCCUUAUCCGGACCCGCGUGUUCGCCCGACCAAAGAGGUGCUGGAGUUCCCGGCUCGCUACGUGUACACGCCGCACACCACCUACAGGAACCUGCUCUACGUUUACCCGCAGAGCCUGAACUUCAGCAGCCGUCAGGGCUCCGUGAGGAACAUCGCCGUUAAGGUUCAGUUCAUGGCAGGAGAGGAUCCCAGUCAAGCUUUGCCUGUCAUCUUUGGAAAGUCAAGUUCGUCUGAGUUCAUGAAAGACGCUUAUACUCCUGUCAUCUACCACAACAAGUCCCCUGAGUUCUAUGAGGAGAUGAAGAUGAAGAUUCCUGCCAACCUGACAGACAACCACCACUUGCUCUUCACCUUCUAUCACAUCAGCUGCCAACCCAAACAGAACACUCCUCUGGAAACCCCUGUAGGCUACACCUGGAUUCCUCUGAUGCAGCAUGGCCGACUACGCACCGGCUCCUUCAGUCUGCCCGUCUCGGUGGAAAAGCCUCCUCCCAGCUACUCCGUGCUCACCCCUGACGUCCAGCUCCCAGGCAUGAAGUGGGUGGAUAAUCACAAAGGAGUGUUCAACGUUGAGGUGACGGCGGCUUCCUCGGUUCACACUCAGGAUCCCCACCUGGAUAAGUUCUUCACUCUGGUGUACGUUCUGGAAGAGUACUCCUUCCCCUUCCGUCUUAAGGACGUCAUAAUAACGGAGGCGAACAUGGAGGGGGAGCUGAAAGCCAGCAUGGUUGCGCUGAGAGGGGCUCUGCUGGAUACCUGUGUCAGGUUUUUGCAUCAGCUGCUCAACAAACUCAUUCAGCUCAUCGUGUACCCUCCAGUGAUCGCAGGGCAAAUCGUGAACUUGGGUCGUGCUGCCUUUGAAGCAAUGGCUUUGUUGGUCAACCAGAUGCACAAAAACUUGGAGGGGAACCAAGACCAGCAUGGCCGCAACAACCUGCUGGCAUCCUACGUUCAUUACUGCUUUCGCCUGCCCACCGCCGAACCUGCAGUGCCCCCCGCAGCAGGCACCCAGGCCUAUGAGAUGCCUCUGCAGUAUGCUACCUUGUCGAGGGCAACGGCCCGUCCCACCAGCCUGCACCUGGCCCGUUCCAAGAGCAUUAGCAACUCCAACCCCGACCUGGCUAGCACGCCAAUUUCUCCUGACGAAGAGGUCCAAAGAAUCAUAGGGAGCAAGGGCAUUGACCGCUCCCACUCCUGGGUAAACUCUGCUUAUGCCCCCGGGGGCUCAAGAUCUGUGCUACGCCGGAACCCCAACUCCAGCUGUGAGCUCAAGCAGGCAAGCGACCGCAGCUGCAAUCGCAUGUCUGCAUUUCUGGACACCGUGGCCUUGUUUUCAGUUCCCACAAGGCAGAUUACUAAGAAGCUCCUCCACGAGGAGCUGGCACUACAGUGGGUGGUCAGCACCAGUACCGUGAGGGAAGCAGCACUUCAGCAGGCUUGGUUUUUCUUCCAGCUAAUGACGAAGAGUAUGGCCCAUCACUUAUUCCUGACCUCGAAAUUGGAAGUUCCUAGGCGUCAGCGUUUCCCAGACCGCUUUGUAGAUGACAUCGCUGCCCUUGUGUGUGCCAUCAGUGCAGACAUUGCGAGCCGUUACCACAAGGAUGUGGAGCUUGUGGAGAGGUUAAAUAGCAGCCUGGCCUUCUUCCUAAAUGACCUGCUGUCUCUCAUGGACCGGGGCUUUGUUUUCAACCUCAUCCGCUCCUACUACAAACAGAUUGCCAACAAGCUUCAUACAACGCAGAAUCCCAGCUCUCUGAAUGCUCUGAGGAUGGACUUUACACGCAUCGUCUGCAGCCAUGAGCACUAUGUCAUCUUGAACUUGCCCUGCUCAACUCUGAGCCCUCCAGCCUCACCCUCUCCUUCGACAUCUUCCACCACCUCGCAGAGUUCAGCGUUUUCCAGCAUGGUGCAAGACCAGGGUGUGGCCACCAUGUUUGAGCUGUCCGUCCCUUUUCGUCAGCAGCACUUCCUGUCUGGCCUGCUGCUUACUGAGCUCUCUCUCAUUCUUGAUCCUGACGGUGAAGGGGUGUUCUUCCUUCAUAAAAAGGCCAUUUGUGCAGUGCACUCCCUGCUGUGUAGCCAUGAUGCAGACCCUCGCUACAGAGACCCUCAGGUCAGAGCCCACAUUGCUCAGCUCUACCUGCCCCUCAUCCUCAUCGUCAUGGAGACGUCGCAUCACCUCUACGACUUCUCUGACUCCUCGCCUGCGCGGGUCCGCCAUGCCUCCGCCCACACCGACGAUGCUGACCCAGACGGCAGCACUAUCAGUCAGUCUGUUGCCAUGGCGAUUGCCGGCUCCCCUUUGCCGCAUGCCAAAGCCAACCCGUUCGCACUGCCCACAGUGGCUGGGCGCCAGUCCAGCUCCCUGUCUGCCGAGUGCAGCCGAACUCUGCUGGUGUGUUUCCUGUGGGUGCUGAAGAAUGCAGAUGCAGCUCUCCUGGAGCGCUGGGUGUCUGAUCUGUCUGUACUUCAAAUCAACCGCUUGCUGGAUCUGCUGCAUCUUUGUGUCUCCUGCUUUGAAUACAAGGGGAGGAAGACUCUGGAGAGGAUCAACAGCUUGACGUUUAAAAAGUCACAGGACAUGAAGGCCCGGCUGGAGGAAGCGAUACUGGGAACCAUCGGAGCUCGUCAGGAGAUGGUGCGACGCUGUAGAGAAAGGAGUCCUUAUGGCAGCCAGGAGAAUGUUAGGUGGAGAAAGAACGUCACUCACUGGAGACAAAAUACAGACAGAGUCGACAAGACUAAAGCUGAGAUGGAGCAGGAGUCAGUGGUGGAUGGAAACCUGGCUACUGAGGCUUCUCUGAUAGUGCUGGACACACUUGAAAUUAUAGUCAAGACUGUGGUUGCAUCAGAGCUGAAAGAAAGCGUUUUAGGCGGAGUGCUGCGAGUGCUUCUCCACAGCAUGGCAGGAAACCAGAGUGCCCUCUUUCUGCAGCAUUGCUUCACUACACAGAGAGCUCUGGUUUUCAAGUUUCCGGAGAUGCUGUUUGAAGAGGACACAGAGCUUUGUGCAGACCUGUGCCUCCGUCUCCUGCGUCACUGCAGCAGCAGCGUCGGCUCUGUCAGAAGUCACGCCUCCGCCUCUCUUUACCUGCUCAUGAGGCAGAACUUUGAGAUUGGAAACAACUUUGCACGAGUCAAGAUGCAGGUCACGAUGUCUCUGUCCUCCCUGGUUGGGACAUCGCAGAACUUUAACGAGGAGCAUCUUCGUCGGUCUCUGAAGACAAUCUUGACAUAUGCUGAAGAGGACGUAGAGCUGCGUGACACACCUUUCCCAGAGCAGGUCCAGGAUCUGGUGUUCAACCUGCACAUGAUCCUUACUGACACUGUGAAGAUGAAGGAGCAUCAGCAGGACCCAGAAAUGCUCAUCGAUCUAAUGUACAGGAUUGCGAAGGGCUACCAGAACUCUCCUGACCUGCGCCUGACUUGGCUUCAGAACAUGGCAGGGAAGCACUCCGAGAGAGGAAACCAUGCUGAGGCAGCACAUUGCCUCGUCCACAGCGCUGCACUGGUAGCAGAAUAUCUCAACAUGCUGGAGGACUGUCGCUACCUGCCAAUUGGUUGUGUCACAUUCCAGAAUAUUUCAUCCAACAUAUUGGAGGAGUCCGCAGUAUCCGAUGACGUCCUGUCUCCAGAGGAGGAGGGCAUUUGCGCUGGGAAGUAUUUCAGCGAGUCCGGUCUGGUGGGCCUCCUGGAGCAAGCAGCUGCCUCUUUCAACAUGGCUGCCAUGUACGAGGCCAUAAAUGAAGUGUACAAGAUUCUGCUGCCCAUCCACGAAGCCAACAGAGACUUCAAAAAGCUGGCCACUGUCCACGGGAAGCUACAAGACGCCUUCAACAAAGUCUACAACCAAAGUUCCGGGUGGGAGAGGAUGUUUGGGACCUACUUCCGAGUGGGUUUCUAUGGAUGUCAGUUCGGAGACCUGGAUGAGCAAGAGUUCGUCUACAAGGAGCCAUCAAUCACCAAAUUAGCUGAGAUUUCCCACAGGCUUGAGGAGUUUUAUUCAGUGAGGUUUGGGAAUGAGGUGGUCGAAAUUAUCAAGGACUCCAACCCUGUGGACAAAACCAAACUGGACCCCAACAAGGCGUACCUCCAAAUCACCUAUGUUGAGCCCUACUUCGACACAUAUGAGCUGAAGGAAAGAAUCACCUACUUCGAUAAGAACUACAACCUGCGCACCUUCAUGUACUGCACCCCUUUCACUCUGGACGGUCGAGCCCACGGGGACCUAAAUGAGCAGUACAAACGCAAAACCAUCCUGACAACCUCUCACGCCUUCCCUUACAUCAAGACCCGCAUCAAUGUUCUCAACAAAGAGGAGAUCAUUCUCGUCCCCAUAGAGGUGGCGAUUGAGGACAUGCAGAAGAAGACGCAGGAACUCGCCUUUGCAACCACCCAAGAUCCCGCAGACUCUAAGAUGCUCCAAAUGGUGCUGCAGGGUUGCGUGGGCACAACCGUCAACCAGGGCCCCCUCGAGGUGGCUCAGGUCUUUCUCUCCAACAUUCCUGAUGACCCAAAGCUGUUCCGCCAUCACAACAAACUGCGCCUCUGCUUUAAAGACUUCACUAAGAGGUGUGAGGAUGCCUUGAGGAAGAAUAAAGCCCUGAUUGGACCAGAUCAGAAGGAAUACCACAGGGAGCUGGAGAGGAACUACAAUAAACUGAAAGAGGCCCUGGGUCCUCUCAUCAACCGCAAGAUCCCCGAGCUAUACAGAACCCUGCCAGCUCAGACUACGCAAACACAGCGGAACUCCUACAGCAGGUCCAGCCUUCACAGAGUCGACUGUUGAGGCGCAGAACUGUGGAACACAACCCAGACCAGCUAGCUUUAGAAAUUACGACCAUCUAAUGCCGUCUGUUCCCCCUCCCCCCACCACCACUCUGCACGCCAACUGUCACAAGCACACACCGUCUUCCUCCUCGUCUAGCUUGUUAUUUUACCCCCACCAACCUCCGGCCACCCAGUCAAGCCUUAAGCCACCAUCUUCUGCCGCCACACACAUGCACCGUUAGUUGUCACCUCGUGGAACCAUCUCCCCCCAUCACCACCACCACCACCACCACUCACACCUCUGUAGGAAUAAACCUCGGCUGUUUAUACUGGAACUUUAUCUGCUCUGUAAACAUUGUCAUUUGGAGCAAGGCUCUAGGAUGCCAGUGUUUAAAAGAGAGCUUUCUAAAGUAAUCUUUUGACUGACAACCCAAAGUAAUCUCUCUGAGCUUGAUCUGGCUUUAACUUUAGUUUUUAGAGCUAGACCGACCAAACACGUUGUGGGUAUUCCUUUUUGAUAUUGAAGAGGCUGUAGCUUGUCUGUUUUGCGUCAUGGCUUAUUUUAUGUAUAUUGUUUCUCCUAAACUAUCCCAGCUAGUAAUCACUGCCAGACUUAGUUAUUAAAUAGUCCCAUGGUGUUUUCUUUUGUUAUCAACAGACCAAAUAACUGACAUUCCUUCAUCCCACAUGUAUCUGCCUGUCUCUCAUUAUAUAACAAUUAAAUAUAGAGACUUGGGCUCAGGGUUUGCACAUAAAACAUUAAUGUAUGGGGAAACCAUUUGGAUGGGACGUUUAUGUUUUGUUUUUUGUUUUUUUUAAACUGUGAAAUUCUCCUGUAAUAUACUACAGUCACAUCAAGGGUUUAUCACAGAAGCACUGCCUUCACCCACACAAAUACGUUCAAACUGUGACAUGUACUAUCACCCUGCAGUACCCUCCGAUGACUGAACGCGCUUUGGCUGUGGAGGCAAAUGUCUUGACUCGACGUGAACUGCUGUCAAAAAGCACUCCUAAUGUUUUGAAUACGUCCACUGUGGCUCUAGAAGAUUUGCAUUCAGUGUAGUCAUUCCUUUCUACUGUAUCUAUUAAAUUGCACUAUUGUAAACAAUUAACACUGUAACUACUAAAAUAUCUGUGUUUUUGUUAUUUUACAAAGCUGGAAACUUUUUUUUACCAAUUAGAUAAGCAUUUUUAUUUAUUUACACUGCCUUCUAUUAAAUAUCUCUUCCUAAACGUUUA